AUGGACCCCUGUACCAGUGCCCAGGACGUGAUGCGAUGUUGCCUGUGUGAGAUUGCUGUGGCACAAAUGCACUGUGUUGGAGAACACUUUUCUUCUGAUCUCUCAAAACCUCAUAAAAUUGUUGAUUUCAAGGCUAGGAAGUCUACUUUGGUUUACCCUAAAUGCACGUCACAUGAAGUGGAAACAUGUGAAAUAACUGAUGAAAUUAAAAAGAAACAGUUAGAAACUCUGCAGAAACAUUUUGAUGAAAUAAAGCAGAAAAUCUCCGACAUCCAGGAUGAUAUCAAUUCAAUCGAUGAUGCUUUAAAUUCCACAAAUAUUUCUGAGGUGUUCAGUUUUUUGUCUCCAGUGGAUAGAUACGGAAAACUUCCAAAGAAAAUCGUAUUUGAUGUCCCCGAAUUUUCUCCCAGUAAAAUACAGGAAGAUCAAUUGUAUAAAUUUAUGCCUGGUGUUUUAGAAGAGGAUGAAUACAAAUUUAUCAUGACAAAAUCAGAGUCACCAGAAGUUGGAUCCUCUCCUCCAGUCAAACAGCUGCUUGAUCAACCAGAGACUGUCACCACUAUAGACACUGGGUAUAGAGGUUACCUUUUCAAUGUGGCCUGUCUGAGUGAUGAAGAAAUCUGGACAAGUGGAAAUGACAUCACAAUAAAACUCUACAGCAUCAGUCAGGGAUCACUACUCAAGUCAAUCGAAACCAAGUCAGGGGACAUACCAAAUGACAUAGCAGUGACAAAAAGUGGAGAUCUAGUUUAUACUGGUUUAUGUGAGAAAACUGUUAACAUGGUGAAGAAUGAGAAGAUAGAGGAGGUGAUCAGACUACAGAACUGGAUACCUAGCGGUGUUUGUAUAACCCACCAUGGGGACCUGUUAGUUACUAUGUAUGAUGAUUACAAGCGAUCCAAGGUUGUCCGUUAUUCUGGAUCCACAGUAAAACAAACCAUUCAGUUUGAUGAGAUGGGUAAACCUCUCUUUUCAUUUGGUACUUGUGGUUAUUCUAUCUGUGAGAACAGAAACCUGGAUAUCUGUAUUUCUGAAGAUAAGGCAAUAGUGGUGGUCAACCAGGCCAGGAAACUGAGAUUCAGGUACACUGGACAUACUCCUGCUCCAAAGAACCAACCAUUCAGUCCACUAGGAAUCACCACAGACAGUCAGAGUCACAUCCUUACAGCUGAUUUAAACAAUGACUGUGUCCACAUCAUUGACCAAGAUGGACAGUUCCUCCGUUACAUAAACUGUGGACUGGAUGAACCCUGGGGACUGUUUACAGAUACAAAUGACAAAUCUGUUUGUUGCUCUAAGGAGUAA